CUCAAACAUACUUCCAAUAUCUCUACUCUCUCUCUCCCAACUACUGUGCAUGCUCACAUGCAGUGCGACAAGGCCUUCUCUCAACUCCUAUAAAACCACCAUCUCUCUCUGCAAACUCUUACACACUAACUCAUCCAAAGCAAACAAUGGGAAACGCAGACUGCGAAGUUGAGCUGCAGCGUGCGGAGGUACAGAUGCCUCCAACCAAGCCCUUUCUCCAAACCCUCAAAUCAUCUCUCAAAGAAACACUCUUCCCCGAUGAUCCCUUCAAGCAGUUCAACAACCAGCCUCUCUCCCGCAAGCUCGUGCUCGCAUUCCAGUACUUCGUCCCCAUCCUCGAGUGGGCCCCCACCUACACCUUCCAAUUCUUCAAAGCCGACUUCAUCGCUGGGAUCACCAUUGCUAGCCUUGCAGUCCCUCAGGGCAUCAGCUACGCCGGUUUGGCCAGCUUGCCCCCGGUUAUAGGCUUAUAUUCGAGCUUUGUUCCACCGUUGAUAUAUGCAAUGCUGGGGAGCUCGAGGGAUUUGGCUGUCGGGACCGUGGCAGUGCCGUCGCUGCUGAUCACAUCAAUGGUGGGGAAGGAGGUUAAUCCUCAUGAAAACCCUAAGCUCUAUGUGCAGCUGGUUUUUGCUGCAACUUUCUUUGCUGGAAUUUUCCAAGCCUCAUUAGGCUUGUUAAGGCUGGGACUUAUUGUGGAUUUUCUAUCACAUGCCACCAUUGUGGGAUUCAUGGGUGGGGCAGCCACAGUUGUGUGUUUGCAGCAACUGAAGGGCAUUCUUGGAUUAGUACACUUCACUCAUGAAGCUGAUCUUGUCUCAGUCAUGAAAUCUGUGUUUUCUCAGAUACAUAUGUGGAGAUGGGAGAGUGGAGUGCUAGGAUGCUGUUUCCUUUUCUUCCUAUUUAUCACUAGAUACUUUAGCAAGAAAAAAGCUGCAUUUUUCUGGAUAAAUGCUUUGGCUCCUCUCACGUCUGUUAUAUUGGGGAGUGUUUUGGUUUAUUUUACACACGCUGAGAAACAUGGUGUGGAAAUAAUCGGACAUCUGAAGCAGGGGCUGAACCCGCAGUCAGUGUCUGAACCUUAA